AUGGCAGAACUUGGUGGAAGAAAGAGAGAGUCCCAGACAUUUCAGCAGCUUGCUGCAUUAGAGAGACAAGUGUUCGAUUUCCUGGGAUACCAAUGGGCUCCCAUUCUAGCCAAUUUCCUCCACAUCAUCAUCGUUAUCCUGGGCCUCUUCGGUACUAUUCAGUAUAGGCCACGCUACAUAGUGGUGUAUGCCAUCUGGACUGCAGUUUGGGUCACCUGGAACAUCUUCAUCAUCUGCUUUUACUUGGAGGUGGGAGGACUUUCAAAGGACAGCGAACUUUUGACCUUUAAUAUCUCCCAGCAUCAGUCAUGGUGGAGUGAAAACGGCCCUGGAUGCAUAAGGAAGGAGGCUCCCAUGGCUGGUAUAAAGGGACUGGACAGCCAUUCUUACAUCUCUGUGAUUGGUUGUGCUCUCGAGUAUCGCUACAUUGAAGUCAUGCACAGCUCAGUCCAGAUUCUGGUAGCGCUGGUGGGCUUCGUCUAUGCCUGUUACGUUGUGAGUGUCUUUACAGAAGAAGAGGACAGCUUUGAUUUCAUUGGUGGAUUUGAUCCAUUUCCUCUCUACCAUGUCAAUGAAAAACCCACCAACCUUUUGUGCAAGCAGACGUACCUGCCUGCAUAAGUAAGGAAGAGCCACCUUACACCUAGCAAUCAAAGGCGCUGCAAGAAAAGAAGCCGUCCUCAGCCUGGAUCUGUGGCAGAGGAAACACCUUUUUUUAAAAAAAAAAAAAAAAAAUUUUUACACUAUGAAUGUACGUUGAUGAAUGGCCACUAGGUUUUUUUUCAUUUUGUGAGUGUCCUGAUGAACUGUUAGUCCCACGGCCUAGCCUUACUGACCCAUGGAUGGGACAGUCUUGUCUGAGAUGAGCAAAUCCACGGGGAGCCCUCGAGUAUCUCUUGAGCAUGGGAGCUGAACUGCUUUCCACGAUGGAAUAAAGCUAUAAAGAAUAAAGUCCUGCUGAUCCCAGUG